CCGCCCCCGCCCGCUCCGCCAUGUUGUUUCUUCCUUCCCCAGCGUCUAGGGGAGGCUUCGGGACACGGUGCAGCCCGGGCUCGGGACCGGCGGCAGUCCCUUUCCCGCGGGCAGGUUGUAUGAACCCCAGUUUCUUGUCUUAAUGCUCGUAAAGGCCUUUCUGCUAAGUUAAAAACAGGUCUGAGAAGCCAGGAGGAUUUAUUCCCAUAAAAAUGGCAGCAAAGUCAUCACUCCUUAAAGUAAUAUUGCUAGGAGAUGGUGGAGUUGGUAAGAGUUCUCUCAUGAACAGAUAUGUCACCAACAAGUUCGAUGCACAGCUGUUUCAUACUAUAGGUGUGGAAUUCCUAAAUAAAGAGUUGGAAGUCGAUGGACAUUUUGUUACCAUGCAGAUAUGGGACACAGCAGGUCAGGAACGUUUUAGGAGCUUGCGGACUCCUUUCUAUAGAGGUUCUGACUGUUGCCUGCUAACCUUCAGCGUGGAUGACUCUCAAAGUUUCCAGAACUUAAGCAACUGGAAGAAAGAAUUCAUUUAUUAUGCAGAUGUUAAGGAGCCUGAAAGUUUUCCAUUUGUGAUACUGGGUAACAAAGUUGAUAUCGAUGAAAGGCAAGUAUCUACAGAAGAAGCCCAAGACUGGUGCAGGAAUAAUGGCAACCACCCCUAUUUUGAAACCAGUGCAAAAGAUGCCACUAAUGUUGCAGCAGCCUUUGAAGAAGCCGUUAGAAGAGUUCUAGCCUCUGAAGAUAGAUCAGAUCACUUUAUUCAAACAGAUACAGUAAACCUUCAUCGGAAACCGAAGCCCAGUUCAUCUUGUUGUUGACUUAAUGGUGGGUUUUUUUUUGGCCAAAUUACUUUUGACUAGCUUGCUGUAUUAAAAAAAAAUGAGGAAAGUAGUAGAAAAAAAUAACAGAUGGGUUUCACUCUAAUAUUAAAAUUGUAACAAUCUGCUGCUUUUAGGGGGGAGAAAAAGAAAAACUUCCAUUCUUGAGCAACCCAUUACUGAAUUAAUGACCCUUUCUGUCUAGGAAGGUGUCAAGUAAAAAACAUUAAUACAAGAAUGUAAUUUGCCAACUUUACUCAAAUGAUAAAUACUUUGACUAUAAUUAAAACUUGAAAGUUCUAGAAGCACUACUUUGGAGAAACUGUUCUGGAAUUCAGGCACAAAGAUACUUUUAUAUAUGUAUUUUUUUAUGAAAUCGGCAUUCCAUUUUUGUUUCUCUAGAAGUCAGUUUCUUAAUGCUAGAUAUUAAACUUCAGUCUCACUACAUUCCUUUUGCUGUAAGUGGUACUUCAUCUCUAAUGUGUUUAUUAUAAGUUAAUAUAAAUGACUUGCAGGUCUUCUCGGGUUGCAUAACGUUGCUAUAAUUUGUGUAGGCUUUUUAAGUAGGAAAUAAAUUGCCUACUUCUUUGAAGUCCAUUUUCCUUUCAUUUACUAUUCUAAUGCAGUAGUAAUUUUUUUUCCCAGUAGUUUGAUGCAAGCUACUGGUGACUUUUUUAAUUUAUUUUUUUUUCUAACACGUCUUUGCCUUAAGUCCCAUAAUUAUCCAUGAGGUAAAAUAAUCUGAGUAACCGAAGUAUAACUGUUUUUAGUUAUGAAAAAGAUGUAUUUUAUUCAGCCAGCUUUAAUAGCACUUGAAGGGAUCCACAAUAUGACAAACAUAUAAGAAAGCUUUUAAUAUACAGCCUUAAAGUUCCAAACUUCUUGUUAUUAUUAACCUGAGCUAUGAAUGUGUUUACCAGUAAUCUCUGCACUGUGAAACUAAGGAUUGGCAAUAUGUAGAGAACUCAGGAAGCUCUUGACUUGUGAUAGUUUUCUGCCCUAAUACAAGUAAAUACAUCCAGCUAGUGUUUGACCUGAAUUUGAUCCUUAUUUAAAUUGCUUGUAGGAUGUGGACUUAGACAUUUAAGACAUCUUCUACCGUACUCAUUGCGUGAUGAUGAACAGAAGCAAGUUCUGUAUUUAAUGGAUGGUCUUUCUACGUAAUGCAGAUGAAACCACAGGUCAGGUAUUUGAGGCUCUCCGUUGCAGUUAAAUGGUAGCCUACAGCUGCUGGAUACUGGCUCUCAGAGUACCCACUGUCCCUGUAACAGCAAACUUGAUAGUGCUAUUGCUUCAGUGUGUAAUCCAACUGAUAACAGGCAUGCAUGUGUACACCUUGUGGACUUCCUUCAAAAGGGAGCAUGAGGACAGGGCAUGUUACUCACUAAACUAUGCAGACCCUGCUUUCUGUAAAGCAGCUCUUCUGUUCCAAAAGAAUGGUCCUUCCUGAGAGUACAGUAACAGGGAGUUUUCUCUUUAAUAUAUCCGCUCAGUCUGUACCAGGUGUAAUUACUUGGAAGUAAAGCUUGCAAAACAAACCUCUUGUUGCUCUUGAUAAACUUUUCUGAAUGUGUUGUGUUCUUGCUUGAACGUGCCCAGGACAACUUUAUUCCAUUGAUCUGCUGCUCCUGCUUACAAGCAACAUCUUUUUACCUUUUGUACAUUCCUUAGUGUUGCAGUACUGCAUAUACAGCAGCAGAACUUCAGUUACCUAACAGCUAAAUACAGGUUGAGCUGCAACUUCUGUUAAUUUCUAGUCAAUGACUGAAAAGAUCUGUGAAGCUAAAUUCUUAGAUAACCUCCUCUUAAGAUGAGAGAGCAAAAAGCUUUAUAAAUAAAGCUUGCUUGUGCUGGGGGCUACAAAGCUAGUGGCAUGAAGCUGUACAACUACCACCUUACUACUUAAAGUUUUCUUUAAUGCUCGCUUAGCAGAGAUUAAGGUGGAAGCAACAAGAGAUGAAAUUACUGUGAGUAGAGUAUUACAGGUAUGAUUCAAGUGAGAUUGCUAAAAGGAAACAAUUGAGGAUGAGAGAACCAUUGUGGUCUUUCCUCUGCCUGAAUGUCCACUUGUGUUUUCCCCUCUGUCUCUUUUCCAUGUAACAUUAUGGUUACCAAGCCUCCACCUGAGAAGUAGGUUUAAUAAAGUUAAAUAAAACUUAA